AAUCAAACAGUGAGGGGAUUCUUAUCUUAAAAGUUUUGCUUCUAUCGCCUUUCUUACUGUCAAGUCCCACCUCUGUUAUGGAUCAAAGCAGCGUGAAAAGAUUUAGAAAGACCGUCAUCACUAGUGCUACAACCAUGCCGGAGUUCGGGCAGACCAAAGAGAGGUACGAUCUAAAAUUAAAUACUCCUUCAAAGGUCGCGUAUCUGCCGGACCGGGUGCCUCAAGACAUCUUGAUAAAUAUUUUCAGCCUUCUCGACAGCUACGAUCUGUUAAGAGCAGCAGCUGUGUGUAAGUCUUGGCGGGAUUUGAUCCACGGUACGCCGCGGUUGUGGAAGAACAUGCUCUUAAAGCUGUCUUGCAUGCGACAGUCUGGGAUUAGGAAAAACGCUUACUCGUACGCUAAGAUAUACGGAAAACGUUUCCGGAAGUUGGUGAUCAGCUGCCAGAACCGUAGAAACCAGAUCAACUGCAUGGAUGUGGUCGUCUGCUUCAAGAAAAUUUUGCCUCUCUUACAUCCAACACAUCUGACGUCGUUAAAAAUAACCGACCUGCGGCUACGUCACGCGAGAGCGAACACUGUUUCCAGUAUCGUUCGCAUUCUGACUCGCCAGCUGUCCAAAUUUGACCACCUAGAAUAUUUUGGGAUGCCCUUUCUACAGUGUGGAGUCGUUGAGGCCGUCAAAAUCGUGACCACUGUGCUCUUAUCGUCUAAGGAAACGCUGCAAUCUCUAAUGAUUGAAGGAUUUUUUCAGCCGUCCUUCAUUGCGAUUACCGUUCUGCCGCGUAGCUUUAUCUCUCUGAUCGACGGGGUCCUUUCUCUUAACUGCUUGAGGAAACUUGGGAUCGACUACUUUCUUCUGACCUACGGGCUGCUUAACUCGCUGUCCGCUUCCAAUGCAAAACUUGAAACCCUGAAAAUCGGUGUAACAAUUCUUUAUCCUCUUCCAAAUAUAAUCUCAAAAAGCGCUUGGUUAAACUUGAUGAACGCAUUCCAGAAGUUGAAAAUUGUGUUUAGUUUUGACGGCUUUGUUUCGGAUCCUUCUGUCUCCAUCCCCGCCAUAUUGGAUCCGGUGAUACCUAUCCACAACAUCCGGUUGAUAAUUGGAGACAAUUACGACCACACGAAUGAGUUGAAAAUGGCGGCUGUGCUGCAACAUAUCUCGACGCACUUCAGCCGAAGUCUGGUCAAAUUUGAGAUGGACAUCGACAAUUACGACGACCCAAUUGACGCAGCCUUAGAGACAUUCGUUCAGAAAUGUCGUCGUCUGCUACACCUGAAGGUCUCGGCUCACUUCGCCAGUCCACAUACACAACAGCGAGUGCUAGAACUGAUUCAAGCCAGAAAGCAAAGGCUCGAAGAUUGUAAAUUAUUAAUGAAAUCCAACAAAAGAAGGAAACUCAACACGCCUGAAGGCCCAGGUUCGAGCCCCGCACCGACUGCAAGUUAGGGACGUGAAUGCGAUACUCGUGAACUAUGGGUUCACGAGUUUACUAACACGGUUAGGCUAACGCGGCGAAAACUACAAACUAUGUUUAAAGAAGCAAUCACGUUGUAUACCAUCUUAAAUCACUCACGUAAAUUAAACAUGUAAUGUAAAAAUAUAUCCAUCUUUUUAAUUAGUUGAGCGAAAAUGACAGGAAAUUAAACCAUCAUUCUUUCACAUGGUGAAUCAUCGAAUAUCAUGAUUAUCAAUAA